AUGGUAACGUAGCUAGUACCAUGCACACUGCGGAGCUUCCAAAUCCCACACAUACUCUUGUAGCCAAUAGCCAGCAGCCUAGUACCAUUAUAUAUUCCGUACAUGCGAAGCACUGGUUAGAGGCUUAGAGCUCUGCAGGGAGCGUCCAUGGCUGCUCCUCCUAGUCCUCGGCCACACGUCAUGGUGCUGCCCUUCCCCGCACAGGGCCACGUCAUGCCUCUCAUGGAGCUCUCCCACCGGCUCGUCGACCACGGGCUCCAGGUCGACUUCGUGAACACGGACUUCAACCACGACCGCGUCCUCAACGCCAUGGCAACCGAGACGGGAGCCGUCCCCGACGGCAUCCACAUGGUCUCGUUCCCGGACGGCAUGGGCCCCGACGGCGAUCGUACCGACAUCGCCAUGCUGGCCGACGGCUUGCCGGCCGCCAUGCUCGCCUCCCUCGAGGAAAUGAUCAGGUCCAAGAAGAUCAAGUGGCUGAUCGCCGAUGUGUCCAUGUGCUGGGCGCUGGAGCUGGCCGUCACGGCGGGUGUCCGUGUCGCCUUGUUCUCGACCUUCUCCGCCGCCGUGUUCCUGCUCCGGCUACACAUUCCCAAGCUGAUCGAGGACGGUAUCAUCGACGUAUGUGGGAAAGUGACGAGGAACGAGACUAUCCAGCUGAGCCCGAUGAUGCCGCCAAUCGAGGCGACCGAGAUCCCGUGGACAAGCAUGGACAGCUCGCCGGACAGGAUCGAGGUGAUCAUAAAGAACGUGCUAAAGACCAAUCCGGCCGUAUCACAGGCUGCCACUGUCAUCUGCAACACGUUCGAGGAGAUCGAAUCGGAGGCGCUCGACCUGGUCCCGAACUCGCUGCCCGUUGGCCCGCUGGAAGCGCCGCCUGCGUCGAGUUCGUCGGCGACUGGGCAGUUCUGGCCCGAGGACAUGACGUGUCUUGCCUGGCUCGACGCGCAGGCCCGCAACUCGGUCAUCUACGUGGCUUUCGGGAGCUUCACCGUCUUCAACGCGACACGGUUCCAGGAGCUCGCCGACGGGCUGGAGCUCACUGGCAGGCCCUUUCUGUGGGCGGUCCGGCCGAACUUCACCGACGGGGUGGUCGGCGAGGGAUGGCUCGACGCGUUCAAGCGCAGGGUCGAGGGCAAGGGGCUGGUCGUCGGCUGGGCGCCACAGCAGCGCGUCCUCUCGCAUCCCUCCGUGGCCUGCUUCGUAUCUCACUGCGGAUGGAACUCCACCAUGGAAGGGCUGCGGAACGGCGUGCCUUUCCUGUGCUGGCCUUACUUCGCCGACCAGUUCAGCAACCAGAGCUACGUAUGCAACGUAUGGGGCACGGGCAUGAAGCUCCGCGCCGACGAACAUGAGGUAGUCACCAAGGAGGAGAUCAAGGGCAAGGUCGAGCAGCUGCUGGGCGACGAGGAGAUCAAGGUGAGGGCAGCCAUGUGGAAGGACAAGGCGUGCGCAAGCAUUGCCGAGGGAGGAUCAUCACACCAGAACCUCCUCAAGCUUGUGAAUUUGCUAAGAGAACAAUAAUCUUCACAGGACAAACUACUACUAUUCUUUUAAUAAUUCGGAAAAAAACUAUUCUUUCAAUAAAUUAUAUAUUUCCCACUCGACUGAAAUAACGGUUACUCUUAAAUGGACAAUCUGGAAUGCUGAUUCUUGUA